AGAGAAGGGAUGGCCCCCAUUCCUUUCCACACGGUUGGGGUGCUGUAUUGUUUUACAGUACUGUGCGCAUGCGCAAACAGCAACCCAGGGAGAGUGGGCGGGCGGAUUGUGUCCAAACUAAACCCCUUUGAAGAAAUGAGAGAGCGCAGGGAUUUUCCUGCGUCAGCUUCCCUUCUUUGGUCCUGGUAGCUGUCAGCCAUGUCUAAUGGUGGUCAUUUUGGGAAAAGCCUCUUUUGCAGAACACUGCAGUGUCUUCACUUCGUAAUGAGAUGAGCCUGAUCAUACGUAACCUGCAGAGAGCCAUCCCCAUCAGGAGAGUGCCACUUCGCAAAAAUGUAGAACAAUUACGUUGCGUUUUGGGUGUGCAGCAGUUUGAUCUCGGUGUUAUCUGUGUUAGUAACAGGCGCAUACAGCAACUCAAUAGAACUUACAAACAGAAGAACAUCCCCACUGACAUCUUGUCUUUUCCUUUUCAUGAGGUGACGUUGCUCAUGGGUAUGUGCCAUUUGCUUGGAUAUAAGCAUAGCCAAAAAGCUGAUUGGGAAGAGGUAGAUGUAUAAAAAGAAACACAAAUCCUCCAGGAGCUAAGCAGGUUGUCUGGUACAAAACUUUCAGGCCGUUGA